AUGGCACCGCGCAGCUCCUCUGCCGCUUUGGCAGUUGCCGCAAGUGCCGCAGGCGCAGCCUCCAUGGCCUUCGUGGCUUCCGCACCCAGCUCCGCUGGCGCUGCGCGCCAAAGCCGGGUCCAGGGGGCAUCUGCGGCUACCAGCGGAGUCCGGGCCACUAGCAGCAUUGCCCCGAUUGUGGGAACUGCAGCGCUCGCCACCGGGGCAACGGUUCUGGCACAGCUCUCCACCUCUAGGAGACAGGCACGCGUUGCUAUGGGCAGUGGCCUGAUGAGCCCGGGCUACAACACCCUUCCCGAAUGGGAGAAGCCAAAGAAUGGCUUCGAGGGUUUGAACGGAGAUCAAGCUCCGCUGGGAUUCUGGGACCCCCUUGGCCUUAGCAAGGACCAGGACGUAGAAGUGUUCAAAAGGCGCCGCGAGACAGAGAUCAAGCAUGGCCGUGUUGCCAUGUUCGCAACCAUCGGCUAUAUUGUGCCGGAGUACUACAAGUUCCCCGGCUUGCUGUCUCCGUCGCAGGGGCUGAAGUUCGCUGACGUGCCGAAUGGACUGAAGGCGCUCUCCGUGGUCCCGAAGGAAGGUUGGGCGCAGAUUUUGGCCUUCGCUGGCUUCAUUGAGCUGGUAGUCAACAAGAAGACUUCCGAGCCAGGAAACUACGGAAAGGGUUUCCUUGGCCUCGGAGCCGUCGGCUUCGGCAGCUCCAUCAACGACCCCACGUUGCGGGCGAAGAAGCUCUCGGCGGAGAUUGCAAACGGCAGAUUGGCGAUGAUGGCCAUCAUCGGAAUGUUCUUCCAGGACGGUCUCACCGGCUCCGCCUGGGGUGACUGGGCGCUGUAUACGGACUCGCCCCUUCGGGCAUUCGAGGACGAAACUGGUGUCCAAGCGCCAGUCGGUUUCUGGGACCCGCUGGGUCUGUCUGCUAGCGGCAACGUCUCCGACUUCAAGCGCCGGCGAGAAGUGGAGCUGAAGCACGGCCGAGUGGCCAUGUUCGCUACGAUUGGAUAUAUUCUGCCGGAAUACUGGCGCUUCCCAGGCUAUCUUUCCAAGUACCUGGACAUCAAGUUCGCCGAUGUACCGAAUGGUCUGUCGGCUUUCUCCAAGGUGCCGGCCUUCGGCUGGCUCCAGAUCGUUGGCUUUGCGGGGAUCGUUGAGAUCCAAGUCUACAACGAGCAGAUCAAGGAUGAGCCUGGCAACUACGGAGCGGGCUUUCUAGGCCUUCGAUCCAUUGGCAUCAUGAACACCGGCAUCGAGGACCCGGAGGUUCGUAAGAAGAAGCUCAACGCUGAGCUUGCCAACGGCAGGCUUGCGAUGAUGGCCAUCAUCGGGAUGUUCUUCCAGGAUGGGCUGACAGGCUCCGCUUGGGGUGACUGGGCGAACUACACUGCCUCCCCAUUGCGAGCCUUCGAGGAAGAGCUGGGUGUGCAGGCGCCGGUGGGCUUCUGGGACCCUGUUGGCUACACACGCGACGGCAGCGUGGAAACCUUCAAGCGACGCCGCGAGACGGAGAUCAAGCAUGGCCGAGUGGCAAUGUACGCGACCAUUGGAUAUAUUGUGCCGGAGUACUUCAAAUGGCCUGGCUUCCUCUCUCCCUCCUUGGGCCUGAAGUUCUCUGACGUGCCGAAUGGCCUGGCAGCCAUUUCCAAGGUUCCUGGUGCCGGCUGGGCUCAGAUCGUGGCUUUUGCAGGCUAUUACGAGCUUUUCGUCUACAAGUUCAAGGGCGAGCCAGGAGCAUAUGGCUGGAAGGCGAUCACAUCCGCAGAUCCCGAGGGUCUCAAGAAGAAACUAAAUGCCGAGAUCGCCAACGGACGUUUGGCCAUGAUGGCGAUUAUUGGUAUGUUUUUCCAGGACGGCCUCACCGGCUCUGCUUGGGGCGACUGGGCAAAUUACACAGACUCGCCUCUCCGCGCUUUCGAGGAAGAGCUGGGAGUCCAGGCACCUGUCGGCUUCUGGGACCCUGUUGGCUACACCCGCGAUGGCAGCGUGGAAACCUUCAAGAGACGCCGCGAGACGGAGAUCAAGCACGGCCGAGUGGCAAUGUACGCUACUGUUGGUUACAUUGUGCCGGAGUACUUCAAAUGGCCUGGCUUCCUCUCGCCCUCUUUGGGCUUGAAGUUCUCGGACGUGCCAAACGGCCUUGCGGCCAUUUCCAAGGUUCCGGGCGCCGGUUGGGCUCAGAUCGUCGCUUUUGCAGGAUAUUACGAGCUCUUCGUGUACAAGUUCAAGGGCGAGCCCGGGGCGUAUGGAUGGAAGGCCAUCACUUCUCCCGAUCCUGAGGGCCGGAAGAAAAAGCUCAAUGCGGAGCUCGCCAAUGGCCGAUUGGCGAUGAUGGCCAUCAUCGGCAUGUUUUUCCAGGACGGCCUCACUGGCUCUGCGUGGGGCGACUGGUCUUUGUACACUGACUCCCCCCUGCGCUGA